CGAUCCUGCUUUGUUUACAGUAAUUCCAAUAGGAAUGUUCUAACUGGAUAUUUUACCCGUUCUUGUUGCAGUGAGAUUUAGUUUUCUUAUUGCAAUUUCGAGUGCAACCGACUUCACGGUAUUGGUGCAUUGUCCAUCCGUUUGAUUAAGUGCUGUUUUGUUACCACCCACUUGGAUCCACGCUACGCAAGGAAAGAAAAACCAAUCCAAAAUCCAUAGUUCGAGAGUUCGAGGUUGUGUUUACAUUUUACACUUCUUUCGCGAUCUACGGAACAGUUCUCUCGGGAGGCUCGUCUUGGUUGGAAGGUUUUCUCGCUGGCUGGAUAAAAGUCCGUAGAUUGUAAGCGCGUGUCCCGUUGGAUUUGCCCGUUGGAACAACCUGAUCGUACAUGUGAUUUCUCCAUCGGUCCGGCACGUUUUGGUGCAAAAAAUAACGCAAGUGUAAGGAACCGCAAUUUGGGCUUUGUUUUCGAGUAUAGCUUCUAUUCUUCAUUCGAAAAGAGGACCGUUAAUUGGAUUCACCAUGUCGAUAUCAACUAAUGGCACCGGACAGCAACGGGAUUUGACGGCGUGUUCCGAUCAUGCCGAGAAAGAUUGGACCCUGUACGAUGCUGUUCAUGGGAUGGUAACCUAUCCGCCGUUUGUCCGGGAAGUGGUGGACACCUGUGAGUUUCAGAGGCUUCGGAAUCUUAAACAGCUGGGCACUAGUACGAAAGUUUUUCCAUGCGCCACCCACACCCGAUUUGAGCAUUGCUUGGGGGUGUGUCACCUUGCCGGCAAACUUCUAAAAACAUUGGAAAAAAAUAGUGGCGUUCAAGUUUCCAAUAUCCACAGGAAAUGUGUUGUGUUGGCAGCUCUGCUUCACGACGUUGGCCACGGUCCAUUUUCACACAUGUGGGAGGACUUUGUGCACAGUGGAAGCGACAAAAGUUGGUCGCACGAGCAAUCUUCCUGCGAAAUGGCAUACCAGCUAUUUGCCAACAACGACAUUAAACUGUCUCCGGAAGAGCUGGAACACUUCUACGGGCAGCAGUUGAUCUGCGCUCUGAUAACCGGCAAUCAGGAGGCCUUAACGGCACUGCUCACUCCGGACACUAUGUUCCUGGCGGAGAUAGUGCACAACAAAUGGUACAAAAUCGAUGUCGACAAGUGGGAUUACCUGUUGCGGGAUUCUUUCUAUUUGGGAGGAGUGGUACAAAUUCAGACCGGAUUUGUUCGGUUGUUUGAAAAUGCCCGGGUAGUGAGGGAUGCUGAGGGAGUUAGUCACAUUGGCUACCGCAAAAGUGAUUAUGGUUCCAUUGUGCAGCUGUUUGAGGCGCGGACCAAACUGCACAUCGAGUGCUAUCAACAUCCCACCAUUUUGGGACUGGAAAAAUUAUUGAUUGAAGCCUUACAACAAGCAGAAGAGAGCGGGUUCCGAUUGAAGGGCACCAAAAUCUCGGAAGCUCACCACACCCCAUCCGUUUACCAGUACCUGGACGAUACCGUCGUUAACCAGAUCGAAGUCAGUGACAACCCUAACCUGCUGAAAGCCCAACAACUGUUUACCAAAAUCCGGCAGCGCAAAUUUUAUCAACAAAUUUACGUCUCGGAACAAGAAUGUGAUAUAAUAGAUCUCAACAGACGCCUCGGAGGGGAUUUCUUUUUCCAAAUUCACAAAAAGAUUCCGUACGGCAGUGAGAUGGCUCCCCGAAAUAUGAUGCUGUACGAUGAGCGAAGCGGGGACCUGGUUGACAAUCGUCGCAUUGUCGAAGAUGUUCUGAACUCGAUCAACCAGAAAGGAUACUUCCAGCAGUUUAUAGUGUACUGCAAAAGCACCGAACCAAAGGUGAUCAAAAGCGCUCGAGAGUAUUUGAUGGCUCGACACUCUGCGGGAACAAACUAGCAUAAACUUUCUCUGCCGAUGUAAAAAUUAUGUUUUCUGUUAGAGAAUUCUUGUUUUGUUUCAAUUUUAUGAAUAAUUUUCUUACGUUCAAGUAUCUAGCAACAUUUUCAUGUUGAAAUGAGGUAUUUUCAGAAGUCUACCUCGUAGUAUGGUAAAAGUUCCUCGGAACUGUUCGAUUUCGGUGUUAUUUUGUUUUUUUUUUUAAAUUAAGUAUUCCAAGCUGAUGAAUUUCGACCUCACCAGAUAUUUUAAGUUAUCUCGUUAUUACUCUUAUGUUUUUUAAAAUAACUUUGUCGACACCAAAAACAUGUAACCAACACUGGUAAUUAAAAGAAACAAUAUAGCGAUAUUACUCAUUUGUGUGUCUAGUUUGCAAUAAAGAUUUUUAUACG